GCUGGCCAGCCUCCCGGAGCUGCUCCCGGUCUAUUUACGCGUACAGUCGACGCAGAGACUCGGCGAGAGCAACAGCUUCGCGAUCUCCUGCAACACAUCGCACGUUUGGCCACCAUCGGUCCUUCAACGUCGGUCCGCCAAAAUAUUAGUGAAGCGACUAUACAUUCAUAUGGUGCAACGCUAAAAAUUACAUGGGUUCAUGCCCUAUUGAUUUAGAUGAAGUGGUUCUUUUGCUUACAUCGGGAAAUCUAUGCUUUGCCUGUGGAAAGUGAGCGCAGCUGUCUGUCAUAUGCCGUUUUACGUCUGAAUUCAGGUGAAUCCCAUAAUUUGUGCGAAAAUCCUCUGAAUGAAAAGGGGUUAUUUCUGAAGCAAACGGUGCAGUCGGUCAUUGAAUGGAAAAUCGUGCACUGAAUUACUAGACCAUACAAAAAUGAAUAUGCACCUCACACGACUGGAAGGAUAUAACUGGGGCAUGUUUUUUCCAAUACAUUUCUGGAUAGCCGAUUGUAAAGUAAUGGAGGACACGCAUUAGUUUAAGAAAAAUUCUCGGAUAUAACAAAAAGGUACGGUGAUUCCGCAUGUAAUUUUUACAUCGAACUUCCAUAUUCCUCAGUAAAUAUAAAUUAUACGCCCGAGUCUGCCCGGACGACGCUGGAAAAAACUGCUUUAAUUAUUCGGAGGCGAAUCCAGCACAUCUGGAGGCAGUUUCCACGGCACGAGGUGCUUAUGGUGGGGCACCGUCACCCCUGCGUGGCAGCACCCCUCUGCGAGGCAGCACCCCCCUGUGUGGCAUCCCGUCACAGCCCGUCACAUCACGGAGUGGCUGAGGACGUGGUGUCUCUCUUCUCAGUGUCUCAGAGGCCCACAGCACAGUGUCUCAGUGGAGGGCUGAUAUCACACCUGACCAUUCUCCAGCUGAGCUGGAACCCAGGACCAGCUUUAUUGAAGACUUUUCAAAGUCGACCAGAUCAAGCAGACGGUAGCUGUUGGCUUCCUUGCUGCCGUCAGCCUGGCCGUAUUUCUGGCCUCCCUCUCCGGCCUCCUUGUUAGCGAGUCCCGUGUCACCAGUAGACCUGUGAUGGCACGCCCCAACUCCGGGGUGCUGGUCUCGGGCAACGGGCUGGGCUACCCUCCUCAGAACACCGCGCGGGUGGUGGUUUGGGAGUGGCUGAACGAGCACGGGCGUUGGCGUCCCUACGGUGCGGCCGUGUGCCACCAUAUAGAGAACGUUCUGAAGGGAGAUGCUCGUGGCACUGUGGUACUGGGCCAGGUCGAUGCCCAGCUGGCACCUUACAUCAUCGACCUACAGUCUAUGCAUCAGUUCCGCCAGGACACUGGAACAAUGCGGCCCGUGCAGCGCAACUUCUACGAGCCGUCGUCGGCGCCGGGCAAGGGUGUGGUGUGGGAAUGGGAGAAUGACAACGGCACGUGGACACCCUAUGACAUGGAGAUCUGCGUGACCAUCCAAAACGCCUACGAGAAGCAGCACCCGUGGCUGGACCUAAGCUCUUUGGGCUUCUGCUACCUCAUCGAUUUCAACAGUAUGGCACAGACCAACCGGCAGAGCCAGCGGCGGCGGCGGCUGCGCCGGCGGAUGGACCUGGCCUACCCACUUACCGUGGGUUCCAUCCCCAAGUCGCAGUCGUGGCCAGUGGGUGCCAGCUCUGGCCAGCCCUGCUCCUGCCAGCAGUGUAUUCUGGUCCACAACACACGGGCCGCAUCCAAUGCCAUACUAGCCUCGCAGCGCCGCAAGGUGUAUUCGGGGGCAAACCCGCCCUCCAAUGGCAACCAGACCUCCACCGUGCGCCAGAGCAACACGUUUGCCGGAGCCCCGCUGUGGUCCUCAGGCUCUGGCACGGUGAGUGGCACCAGCAGCAGUGAGAGGGUGGGAAGUGGCUCAGGCACUGCCCAUAGCCCCGCCGACCUCCCAGCCGCCCACAGCCUCACCAUCAACGGGCAGAACAACCUGAACCGACCUGGCACUCAACGCGUCUCCAUGGGAACAGCCCGCGGAGCCAUCCCACCAGGAGUUCCUGCCCUCCCUGUGAAGAACCUGACAGGCUCCGGCCCAGUACACCCAGCCCUGGCAGGUAUGACAGGCAUCCUGAUGUGUGCGGCAGGGCUGCCUGUGUGCCUAACCCGCGCCCCCAAGCCCAUCCUGCACCCCCCACCCAUCAACAAGAGCGACAUGAAGCCAGUGCCGGGAGUCAAUGGCAUCCGUCGCAAGACCAAGAAGAAGCACCUGAGGAGGGGUAAAAACCCAGAAGAUGUGGUUCGCAGAUACACCGAGAAAAUCAAAAUAAUUCCUGAUGAGGACUGCACCAUCUGCAUGGAGAGGCUGGUGACCUCUUCCGGCUACGACGGCCUGCUGAACCACAAGGGUAUCAAGGCCGAGCUGGUGGGCAAGCUGGGAAAGUGCGGCCACAUGUACCACCUGCUGUGCCUGGUGGCCAUGUAUAACAACGGCAACAAGGAUGGCAGCCUGCAGUGCCCCACCUGUAAGGCCAUCUACGGGGAGAAGACAGGCACCCAGCCUCCAGGGAAGAUGGAGUACCACGUCAUCCCGCACAGUCUGCCAGGCUACCUGGAGUCCAAAACCAUCCGCAUCGUCUAUGACAUCCCUGCCGGUAUCCAGACCACUGAGCACCCAAACCCUGGGAAGAAGUUCAGCGCCAGGGGUUUCCCAAGACACUGCUAUCUCCCAGACAACGAGAAGGGCAGAAAGGUCCUGAGGCUGCUGAUCAUGGCGUGGGACCGGCGGCUCAUCUUCACCAUUGGCACCUCCAGCACCACAGGGGAGUCGGACACGGUGGUCUGGAACGAGAUCCAUCACAAGACCGAGUUUGGCUCCAACCUGACCGGCCACGGAUACCCAGACCCCAAAUACAUGGACAACGUGCUGGCAGAGCUGUCUGCCCAGGGCGUGGCUGAGGAGAAUCUGAAGGAGUGAGGGUGCAGGAAGGCCCAGCACUGAGAACUCUGCCAACAUUGCCCACCAGGGGGCACUAUAAGGAUGGAAAUUAAACAAUGAGCGCUGUCUUUAAUUCCACCUUGCAUACAAGAAUAAUAUUCAGUGGACAUACGUGUGAAGGAAAUAUUUUUAAAAAACAGUAAUAAUUUUUUUCUAGCGUCUGGCUAAAAAAAACAUGCAUAAGCAAAAGGUUACUGUCGUUCUGUCCGCUUCUUGGACGUAUCAGACCGUGUCAGCAUAUGGGGCUGAUAACAUCAAGCUAUCUGGGCUUGUUGCGGGGGGAGAGGUAACCCCCCUCCCCCCCAGCCAGCAGGUCCUCUGUCUGCUGAGGGAGGCGUAGAAAUGUGAGGACCACUACUCUGGGUGGCCAGCCUGCAGACAGUGAGCUUUUUUAUUUAUUAAUUUUUUUUGGGUGGGUGGGGGGGGGGCAAUUCCAGGAAAUGUAGACCACGUUUAGAGGAUAUAAGGAGGCUGAGCAGUGUUUCAUACGCCUCAUUUAGGAAACUAUGUGAGAUGUAUUAGGUUAGCAAGUCUUACUUUUACUUUUAUAACAGGAGGGAGCUUUGAUUUCUGCUUAAGCCAAAUGUUUGUCGGUUGAAGCGUUUGAGCCUCUUUCUAAAAUUGUUAAACCAGCAAAGCCGAUAAAACGAGGUCCUAGCAGUUUAACGAGGUCCUGGCGGUUUAACGGGAAGGUCACACCAAAGUAGAGCAAACUGUCAGCACGUAUUUCAUGCAAAAAACCCACCCGAUCUCUCCUGCGGACGUGGUGUCUGGAACGUUGUUUUCUUUGUAUGUUUGUUUGUCUGUUUUUUAAGGUUAGUUUUAAUAUUACAGGAGCAAAGUUGAUGCGGUUUAGGGAGGUUUUAAGAGGUUACAGCACGCGCGGAGAAGGUGUGUGUUGCAGCAUUCCUACCUUUGCCACCAUUCAUCAGGUAUCUGCUAUAGCACCUAACAGGCUGUUAAAGCACCGUCUGAGAGAUGACCCGUCGCUCUGCCUACUCAGACAGCCCUGGCAGACCCUAGUUAUGUUAAACAGCGUGCUGUCUACCUAUAGGUGCGUCCUGCUUGGGGUAUUUUACAAGGGAAAGCUGUCUUAAUGAACGGUAUUAAUGGCAGCCCUUGAGACGGAAUCCUGGGGCGCACAGGGGGGCGCUUCUACCGGGAUGCCUUCGGCGCAGGGCGGCGGGAUAGCGCUCUGUGUCCCCAGUGUAGCUGCGAUUCCCAGCUCUCGUGUCAGCCUUGCUUUCCUUUUUAAGUUUAAAGAGAGAUCCCUUUCGGCUGUGCAGUUCAUUCUCGCAAAGGGCGCACCUGAUAUAUAUAAUCGACUUUACCGAAAAUGUUUUGGAAUCCGAAAGGGGAUUAAUGUAGUAAUUGAGUGCGCGUUUCGCCGCGUGUCAGCGGAUUUUGGGGUAAUCCUUUUAAAAAUGCUGUUCAAUUUCCGACUGAAUCAUUGUCUUCCUUUGCACUUUGAGACGGCAGACUUUGUUCACUGAGCGUUUCGAUUUGAGGAGCUGUCUUGAAAUGCAUUAGCUAGUUUAGCUCGUUUAUUAAAGUUUAAGUUUUUAAGAUGUCUUGUAUUGCUUCUAUAUAAUAUAUACAUUUACAUAAAAUGUUCUGUCUUAAUAUUAAAGCUCAAUUUGUGUGAGGUAAAAUUAUUUUUUAUACUAUUCUGUAUGACAAAAAUCAUAUAUAAAAAUAUAUUAUACAUUUAAAA